AUGAAACUCCAGGCCUCUCUCCUGUUUCUCCUGACUCUCACUUUCUGCCAAGAACUUCGAUCGGAAGAAGAAGAAGACCAAGUCAAGCCUCUCUUCCCAAAUGUAUGCAAUCUUCCUAUGGAUAAGGGCCAUUGUCGAGCUGCCUUCCCACGAUGGUUUUACAACCGUAACACUGGUAAAUGUGAGCAGUUUAUUUAUGGAGGCUGCAGAGGCAACAGCAACAACUUUUUGAAGAAAGAAGAGUGUGACAAAGUCUGCCAUCCCACCUGA